GACGUCACCGCUUUGACCAAUCAGAGACAGCUCGGUGCUCCUUCCAGGAAGUAAACUACAGGGGAAAGAGCAAGGGAAGCAGCUCCACCUGAAAGUCAAAUAAAAUAAUGUCUUUAACCGUUUUAACGUCUGCGUUCAGACUGAGGUCCAUCUGCAGACUGCAGCGAAUUCAGGGCCACAUGAUGUCGAGUCAGGUGGAACCAGAGGUUCUUCUGGAGAAAGUCGGCAACGCAGGUGUUAUAACUAUCAACAGACCCAAAGUGCUGAAUGCUCUCAACCUGACCAUGAUCCGGCAGAUCUACCCUCAACUCAAGAAAUGGGAAAAUGACAAAGAGACUGAUGUUGUGAUCAUCAAAGGUGCAGGUGGCAAAGCUUUUUGUGCAGGUGGAGACAUCAGAGCGGUCACAGAAGCGGGGAAAGUCGGUGACUCUCUUGCAGAAGAUUUCUUCCGUGAGGAAUAUGUUCUCAACAACGCUAUCGGAGCGUGCAGGAAACCAUAUAUCGCCCUUAUUGAUGGAAUAACGAUGGGAGGGGGCGUCGGUCUGUCGGUCCACGGACGCUUUCGAGUGGCCACGGAGAAGACGCUGUUCGCCAUGCCGGAGACCGCCAUCGGUCUUUUCCCUGAUGUGGGCGGAGGUUAUUUUCUGCCGAGGCUGCGGGGGAAGUUGGGCCUGUUUCUGGCCUUGACGGGCUUCCGUCUGAGGGGUCGUGACGUGCAGAGAGCUGGAGUGGCCACUCACUUUGUAGAGUCAAAGAAGAUCCCGGACCUGGAGAAGGAGCUGGUGGACUUGAAGUCUCCCUCUGCUGAAGACGUCUCCAAAGUGCUGGACUCCUUCCAGAACCAGAGCAGUCUGGACUCUGAGAAGCCUUUUGUUUUGGAGAAGCACAUAUCUGAUAUUGACAGGCUGUUCAGCUCCAGCAGCGUGGAGGGCAUCGUGCAGAACCUGAAGGCCGACGGCUCGGAGUUCGCCAACAAACAGGCCGAGACUCUGUCAAAGAUGUCGCCCACCUCCCUGAAGAUCACCUACAGGCAGCUGAAGGAAGGCGCGACGCUGAGCCUGGCAGACGUGCUGGUGAUGGAGUAUCGACUGAGCCAGGCCUGCAUGAGAGGCUGCGACUUCUAUGAGGGCGUAAGAGCCGUGCUGGUCGACAAGGACCAGAGUCCGAAGUGGAGCCCGUCCACUCUGGAGGAGGUUUCCGAUCAGAUGGUGGAUCAGUGCUUCUCCUCGCUGGGAGACAAAGAUCUGACUCUCUGAAGUCCGACAGCUUCUCGCCUUCAAACACGCACCGAAAAAGCCUUCGCCGAGCUUCACGUCCUCACAUCCCUUUAUGGUAUGUGAGAGGACUGCGGCUGCUGAGGAUGAGAGAGAGAGUUAUUUUAUGACAAACAUGGAUCAUAUACUUCAUAAUUCAGUGACAUUAUACAAGAAACAUCCAGGCUGCUCCUCUGCAGCCGAGGAGGAGAAUCUGAUUCAUGCUCACGGCCAGAAAUCCAAAAUAGUAACAGAAGAAGUAGCUAACAGACGCCCUGUGUGUCACACGAGAAAUGGUUAGAGUAAACUUGCUCUGCGGUGCAGCGGAGUCUUUUGUUAAUUCAAUGAAUCUGCAGCAUUAACACGAGGACAUGAGGAGGAGGAGGAGCUCACCACUGAGUGCUUUAUUACAUUUCCUGUCGGUGUUUGUUGAUGUGACAUUGAUCGGGAUCAUUUGUAUUUCUGCUGUGUGGUCACUUGUUCAAGUUCACAUCAUGUAUCGUCUCCAUUUCUUCAUUUCUGUAGUCUGUGUUUUUUCCGGUUUCAGUGAAAUCUGUAAUUGUAGAUGUUGAUAUUCUCUUGACACUCCCAAGAAAUGUGACAGAUUUAACAAUGUCUCCGUGUUAUGAGUGCAUUUACACGACUGUUACUUUCUUUGCAUUUUAGAAAACAAAUUUAUAUUCAGCAGUUUGAAAUGUGUGUGGUAUCGUUGGGGCUCAUAUCACCUCCCCCCCAAAAAAAAUCAAUAUCUGCAUUAUUAAUGAGACAAACAGUCUGAUUAGGCAUCCAUGCUGGAACAGAGAGCAAUAAAGAGAGCUAACACUAAA